AUGUCGACCAUCACGAGAACGAUUCGAAACUUUUGGAAGGUUGGAGUCAAGGACUACUUCCACCAGAUGAACUACAUCGGUGAUACCAAGGCCGGAACCUUUGUCGGCGCAGAUAGAUUCGGCAACAAGUACUUUGAGAACAGCGAGGAGCUGCCGCUCCGAACACGAUGGGUAGACUACGCAAAGCACGACUAUGAUGCCGCCCAGAUUGAACCCGGCUGGCACGCCUGGAUGUCGCACGCCGUCGACAAGCCUCCAUCUCAGGAUGCCUCGCUCGCAUACUCGCGCCGGAUCUGGGAGGACGCAGACGCCAAGACUAUCCCCAACUACACAAUGACAAGAGGCGCAUAUAAGCCAUACAACACCGUCAAGCCGAAGCUCUCUGCUUGGGAGCCCGUUGCUGCCCCGAGGCAGUAG